AUGGGAGACUUUAACUCUGUGUUGAAAGUGGAAGACAAAGUUAGAGGUAACCCCAUAAGUAUGGGAGAGAUAAUGGAUUUCCAUAACUAUGUGGAGGAUUUUGGACUAAUUGAAUUACCAAGUAGUGGAAGUAGAUAUACCUGGAAUAAUAGGCAUAGGGUUAGAAUAAUAAUUUUCAAGAUUGAUUGGGUGCUUAUAAAUUCUGAGUGGCUCAACUCUAUGCCUGACUUCAGAGACCAAUUCCUCCCUGAAGGAAUAAGCGAUCUUUGUCCAGUGAAGCUGUCAAAUACUAAUGCCCCAAGAAGAGCUAAAGCUGCAUUUAAAUACUGCAAUGUCUGUUCUACUCAUUCAAAUUUUCUUAAUAUAGUGCAUCAAAGAUGGAAGCAUCAGGUUGAUGGAUGUUGUAUGUUCAAGGUAGUGAAGAAGCUUAAAAUGCUGAAACAGAAGGUAAGAAGUUUGAACAUGCAGUACUUUAAGAAUAUUAUAGAUACUGCAGAGGAGGAUAAAGUGGCCCUUGCUCAACCCCUUGAUGUGCACUUACAACAGGUGGAGAAAGAGAAAUUCAUGUCUUCUCACUUGGCUGAGACUUACUUACAACAAAGAAGUAAGGUAAAUUGGAUUAAACUGGGAGAUGAUAAUACAAGGUAUUUCUUCAUAGUGAUAAAGCACAGGAAAUUGCAGCAAGGCAUAGUGAAAAUAUCUGACAAACAAGGUAGAGUGCAGGCUGAUCAAAAAGUCAUUGCCACUAUCUUUAUGGACUACUAUCAGGAGUUAUUGGGGCACAAAGAACAGCAAAGGGCGAGAGCUUUCAACACAAAGGAGGUAAAGGAUGUUAUGUUCAGCAUAAAGAAGAAUAAAAGUCCUGGUCCAGAUGAGUAUGAAAGUGGGUUUUUCAAGGCUGCUUGGUCCAUUAUAGGUGAGAAGGUCACAGAUGCCAUACUUGAGUUCUUUGAAAAUGGAUAA